AUGGGGCGCCAGGACCAAGUGGGCGAGAGUCACCCGCGACGGCCGUGCCUCGCCGACUGUGGGAAGAGCCGCAGCCUCGACUCCUCCCCCUUGAUCGUGAAGCGCCGCCUCCCUCUCCAGACGCACCACAAACACCACGCCAGUCACCACACUCACCACACUCACCAGCACAACGCCUCGUCUUCAUCACAGACCUCUUGUUCCUCCACCACCACGGCCGCCAUCACCACCACCACCACCGCCGAUCUCCACCACAACGGCGCAGGGGACAAACAGCAGAGGAACUUCACCAGAACGCUAAAGGAGAGCGCGCUGGUCGAGCGGCUGGCGGCGCUGCAGAGGGAGUGCCAGGGAACCCCCCAGCCCCCGCCCACCCCCAGGCACCAGCCCACCCCCGAGGCCGCCCGACGCCUCAACCCGGCCGCCCAUACGCCCUCGCACUCGCCCACGCCCUCGCACUCGCCGCCGAUCUCCUCCGCCCACGCCAGCAAGAGCAUUCCCUCCACGCCCGUCAAGACGCGGAAGGCGCGGCGCCACCAGUCCUCGUCGCCCAUCAGGAAACACUUGUUGAAUUCGCCGCUGCUCUCCCGGCGGAGACAGCGACGUGGCACAGUGGAGAGCAGUGAUGAUGAGGUCGUUCACUGCUCGAGCGACGCAGAGGUCCUCUGUUCCUCGUCCAACUACAGGGACCUCGAGACGUUUCAGAAGACGCAGCUGAGGAAUAAGCUCCGACGGUCGCGCGGCCGGAGCGACGGCAGCCUGGGCGGCGGCGGCGGCGGCGGCGGCAGCGGAAGCGGCGACAGCUCGGGCUCGCCGACGCCCCGACACCGCCAGUUCGUGAUGCACAACAAGGCGCCGCUCUGGAACGAGAACUCGCAGGUGUACCAACUGGACUUCGGCGGGAGAGUCACGCAGGAGUCGGCCAAGAAUUUCCAGAUCGAAUUCAAGGGCAAGCAGGUGAUGCAGUUCGGAAGGAUCGAUGGAAAUGCCUACACACUCGAUUUCCAGUACCCGUUCAGCGCGGUGCAGGCCUUCGCUGUGGCCUUGGCUAAUGUCACGCAGAGGCUCAAAUGAUACAGGAUGUACCCGGAGAGCCAGGCCGCUCACAGCCACAGCGUUGUCAUCCUGGAGUUCUGGUGACGUCAGCUGCUGACUAUUUUCACCGUGGACUACUGGGUCAUUCCGUGUUCCGAUUGUGAAAACGUUGUUGUUAUCAAAGCGAUCUGUUCUGUUUAGUAUUGCUACUAAUGUUACUACACAAGCAGAGAAUUAGAAGAAGAUAGAUUUUUUUUUCUUAUUCUUCUUCUAAAGAGGAGAGGAGAAGAAGAAAAUAAGGUUUUGAAGUUAUGUGAAGUUAUAUAUUUUUUUCUUUUUUUUUAGAGUGAUAUGUUUAUGUCUAGCGGAGGACUUUAUAGAGUCAAGAUUUUUUUUUUAUACUGGCUUUCUCUGACUCUCUGCACAUGUUGUCAAGUCGGAGUAUUGCCAGAGGUAUGAUGAUGCUCACUACUGUACCGUUUGGGUAACGUGUGUAAACGAGAAAAAAAUGUGUUGCAUUUUUUUUCUUUUUUUUUUCUUAGAUGAAGAGAUAUUUUAAGAAUGGGAAAGACACACUGCAGACAAUAUUGUAUGUGAUAUUAUUACUGCUUUAAACUCUUAAGAUGUGUUGUAUAAGUACAGUUUUCAGCAUAGUUUUUCAGCCCGUAGCCUUUCGUUGCAUCGCGCGCGCAUGUAACGCAGAGUCAUCUGGUGACGAUUUUCUGCACUUAAUUUCCCGUAUUUUGAUUUCGUUAAUUUCUUGGGAAAUAUCGUCUUUUGUAUCGAGUCAAAGAACAAUAAGAAGAAGCCGAAUUCAGCUGACAUUAGGAGUACGUGUAUG